UGGCCAGCCUCAACUGACUCUGUUCUCAACAAUAAUCUUAAAUAAAUCCCCCAAGAAAUCAAAUUUUGAAAACUGAGGCCAAUUUGGAUCAAAUGCCAUUUUCAGCUACCAAACUCUCUCAAAAUUUCUACUCCAAAAGAAAGAAUUGUUUGAUUUCUACUCCAUCAUCAAAUGAAGGGAGAAACAUUAAAUGAGAAAAUCCAUCUUCUCAUUGAAUGAAAAAUUAACUGCCAAAAAUGCAUCAUUCCUCACCUGUUGAUACCACUCCAGCCAUUUUCCUCCCUGCCAAAAAUCCACAUUUAUAUCUCAAGAAUGGGAAUUCUUGAUUAUGUAGAAACAUAAGUGGGAAAAAAAUGGUUGUGGAAAUAAUCGUAUCUGUGAUACUACUAUUUGUUGGGAUAGCUGUUUUGGUAAUCAUCCAUGUUUGUGUUGUGGGGAGGGCUUUUAGGGGCGAUCCAGCCCCUUCUGCACCGCCUCGAUUCGACCGGAUUCCGAGCAUGAAUCCGGAGGAGAUCAAGAAGCUUCCGUGGUUUGAUUAUGCGGUGGAGGAGAAAGGGGUGAUUAUGAAUGUGGAGUGUGCAGUUUGUUUGGAGAUUUUUGCAGCUGGUGAAAGAUGCAGGAUUUUGCCAAAGUGCAAUCACAGUUUUCAUGCUCAAUGCAUAGAUUCCUGGCUUUUGAAGACUGCUGCUUGUCCAAUAUGUAGAGCUGUUGCCAAUUCUUCGAAUUGCAGCAGCUUUGAAGGUGUUGGUGAUCAUGGUGAUGGUGAUGGACUACAAUUGGUAUAGUCAUUCAUUAAUUUCUUGUUUUCAUUCUUCUUCUUCUUUUUUGGCCCAUAGCAUAAACUAUCAACUAGUACAGAAUGGUGAAUUUAUUAUGAAAAAUAAUGACUUCGUUGUGAACAAUGAAAUUUUUUGUUCAUGGAUCA